AUCUUUUUUUUUUUUUUUUCUUAUCACUUCACGUAUAUUUCUUUGAUCCGUAUUUUUAUUAAUUAAUGAACAUGGCGCAGGUUUGGAAUCCAUCAAAGAAACACAGCGAAUUUGCAAGAUGGGUGUGCAUUUAUCCCGUGUAUAUAAAUAGUAAGAAGACUUUGGCCGGUGGUAGAAAAUUGACUAAAGAGAAAUGUGUUGAGAACCCUACCGCACAUGAAAUUCUGGAUGUACUUCUAGCGACAGGCUUUAAUGCUCGUUUGGAAAAUAAGUUACACCCACGUGAACGUAGUAAAGAAAUGCCAUAUUAUGGACGUGUACGUGUACAGUUGAAACAAGACGAUGGAACACCAGUAAGGCCUGAUUUUCCUACUAGGGAUUCCCUUUUGCUUCAUCUUGGUACCACGAUACCAAAGUUGAAGACCCGUCAAGGAAAGCAAGCUUCUGGCGAUCAAUCUUCUCAGUCAUCUGCUUCUUCAUCUAAAAAAGGAAAGGGUAAAGGCAGAAGAUAAUAAAGGGUUAAGGAAAUAUUACUAUGUAUUAAAAAAUAUUUUUCUUAUUUAUUUAAUAA